GAGCUCAAUAAAAUAGGACAGACAGGGAAACGAAUCCCUCAGGCUCCCAUAUCAACCCUGACUCCUGACAAGGAAGUGAUUACAAAUUUACAGAGUGUUCUCUUCCUUGCUGGUCAGAGAAGCUUUUUUUUUUUCUUUCUUUUUUUUCUCAGCAGUGAGCAGUCGCUUCCUCCUAUGAGUAAUAAGAGCGGCUUCGCACAGACCGGUCUGCUUGUCAGAGUGACUGACUGAAGCAGCUCACACUCACACUCACACCGAGAGACAGCGAUCCUGAGGGACUCCGAUCCAAUGCUCCGAUCUUGCUGAAUGUAGUGUUGCCGUGGAGACGCUGAUGAACCAGAAUAAGGAGGCGAGGAGGAUUCCCCAGCCAGACAGUCCUGAGAAGACAGAAGAGAGGAAACACGCUCGCACACCAGAUUCUCUAUCAGUGUCUGCCAUGGACCGUCAGCAGCAGCACGCCAAAGUGGAGCGUUUUCUCAAGCUGGGAUACUCUCAGAGUGAUAUUCUGCGGGUGCUGGAGAGCCUCCGCCACGAUGCCCAGACCAAUGACAUCCUGGAGGAGCUGAUAAAGACCUGCCACACUGUCCCAAACAGUCCCAAACUGGUGCCCAGAGGAUGCAGCCCCAGUCCCAGCCAGCCCAGACCAGGAACAGACAGAGAGCCAACUGCUGGCUUCAGACCAGUGGUUAUAGAUGGAAGCAACGUGGCAAUGAGUCAUGGCGACAAGAAGGUGUUUUCAUGCCAGGGCCUCCAGCUGGCAGUGAACUGGUUCUGGGACAAAGGUCUGCGGGACAUCACAGUGUUCGUUCCCCUGUGGAGGAAGGAGCAGACGCGGCCUGAGGCCCCCAUCACGGAUCAACAUAUUCUGCAUGAGCUGGAGAGGAGGAAGAUCCUGGUGUACACACCAUCCCGCUGCGUAAAUGGUAAGAGGGUGGUGUGCUACGAUGACCGAUAUAUCGUCAAACUGGCCUGCGACUCGGACGGUAUCAUCGUGUCCAACGACAACUACCGGGACCUGCAGACAGAGAAUCCCCAGUGGAAGAAGUUCAUAGAGGAGAGGCUGCUGAUGUACAGCUUCGUCAGUGACAAGUUCAUGCCUCCAGACGAUCCUCUGGGUAGAAAUGGUCCCACCAUCGAUGAUUUUCUGCGGAAGAAGCCAUGGACUGCAGACAACAAGCUGCAGCACUGUCCUUACGGAAAGAAGUGCACUUAUGGAGUGAAGUGCAAAUUCUACCACCCAGAGCGGGCCAACCAAUCACAACUAUCUGUGGCUGAUGAACUGAGGGCCCAGAGAGACAAAGCCAAGACCUUCUCGCACAAAUCGAACCUGCAGGACACACACUGCUGCCCUCCCGUGUAUCAGCCGGACCACAGAUACUCCUCAUCCACCCCCCCUCCACUCAGCAUAGAGGACCAGUCCCACAGGGCAUCACCCAGCGAGCAGUUCAUCUAUCAGAGAGACACCGGCAGCCCAAGAAUACAUCAAAACACGAGCCUCCGUCACUGCUCGAGUCCGGAUGUGGACGAAGCCUUCAGUUCCCUGGACAGCAGCAUGUCUAGGCUCUACAUCCAGGAUGUGCCUUACAGCAUGGAGAUGCCUCCCCACAGCUACAGCAGCGGGGUGGCCAGCUACGGCCUGAGCCACGACGACUACUCCUUCUCAGGGUCGUACGGUGGGAACAACCAGAGGCCCGUCCUGGGUGGAGGAAGUUACUACCCUUCUCGGAACGGCUCGGUGUCCUGCGAGCAUCACAUGUGCACCCAGUGCAGGUGUAAUCACCAACAUACCAGGGUGCCCCCUCACAACCCAGCAUGGAGCUCCUGCCCAGCUCUGCCUCCACAUAACAGGGACCAUCACUCUCAUUUUUCAGAGAAGCAGUACUUCGGACAGCGCACCCACAGACAGAGCCUCAGCUUGCCCAGGGACCCGUGGGUGCAGAACAGUCUCUCUGACGCCAGGCUGAGCAGCCGGGACAAGAGCCCAUCCAGCGAGCAGAGGAAGAGCCAGAGGAUCCUGCUGAGCACGCUCUACCCUCAGAGCGCGGUGGAGCAAGUCAUGAAUACUAACCCGCAUGUUUCAGACAUGUCCGAACUGAUUUCUCUCAUCCAGAGUUACAGGAGCAGCCACAUCUCCUACUAGAAAGACUCAUUUUUUGAGGUUAGGAGUCAAACUGGGCCCAUAUUUGAGUUCUCAUCCCAGACAAAGUGAAAACUGAAAAAAGAAAAAAUUUCUACUUUUCAUAAAGUUGACUGUGAAUUCAUAUUAUUACAAAUUAAACUGUUCCCCUUGCUUGUUCACAUUCACAAACAAACUCUUUAUUCUAAGCAUUAAAAAGUGAUUCAAUCUGAUGAAGUCUUGAACACGUAGCAGACUGAAUGCUCUUUCUUUAUCCUAGUGUAAAAGUGCAAUGCACUACGCUCCAUACAUGCUACUUAUUGUAGCAGUGACAAAUGUUUUAUUAAAGCAGCAUGUGUUGUUUUCUCAUGUUGCCUCAAAGUGAGGAACGCUAUUCUGUACUUCUGUAAAGAAUGUCAAUGACCUGUUUUUGAUAGGAAUUCUAAAGGCUUAUGUUUUUGCUAUGCCUGUGAAAUAAAAUCAUCAUAAAAUAAUCA